AUGAAACGAAGGACAAAUUUCGACAGUGUCAAAGUACGCAAGUCUACACGACGUCCCCGUCUAACUGAGGGUAUUUAUGGAAGUGCUUUAAUGUAUCUUAAAUUUAUUUGUAUAUGGGGUAUUAUCAUGGCAGCUGAUUUUUUGCUUGAAUUUCGCUUCGAAUUUCUUUGGCCAUUUUGGCUUGUUUUACGAAGUAUUUGUGAUUCAUUUAAAUAUCAAGGAUUGCUUUUCUCAAUAUUCUUUGUACUUAUUGCAUUCGUAACCGAUCUCAUUUGUUAUAUAUUAUUGCCUAUUCAAUGGCUGUUCUUUGCUGCAAGUAGUUAUGUUUGGAUUCAAUAUGUUUGGCAAACAGAACGUGGAAUUUGUCUUGGUACGGUUGUUCUCUGGGUACUCUUCGUUUGGCUAGAAGCAUCAGUACGAUUACGUGAAAUCAAAACUAUUGAUCUUUGUCGACCGUUUGCAGCUCAUUGUAUUGGCUAUCCAAUGGUCACAUUAGGUUUUGGUUUUAAAACUUAUCUUGCUUAUAAAUGGCGACUAAGAAAACAACGUGAAGUACGUAAAACAAAUGAAUUUUAUUCUCAGUUAAUCAAUCAAGCAUUACCAGUUGAAAUUCAACAAGAAGCAGAAAAAGAACGAUUGAGUAGAGAAAAGGGUACAUUCUCUGAAAAUUAUGAUGAUGUAUCACAAACACAUAGUGAUGGAACUUAUCCAUCAUCUCCAUCAACGAUUGUUACAAAUUAUAGUUCAACUUCAUUAUCAAAUAAUUCAACAGUUAAUAAUUCCCAGACACAAUCGUCAUUUUGUACAGUUACAAAACGUUCAUCUAAAAUAAGUUCAACAAUAAAUAAUUCUGAUGGAUUAUCUUCAUCGAAUUCAAAUCCACUUGUACAGACAACAACGACAACGACACGUAAUAAUAAAGCCCAAACAAUGACAACAAGUAAUGGACAUGAUGAUGGUUCAUUAUCAUAUAAACAACAAAAACAAAAUUCAUCAUUAUCAAAUCUUAAUACAACAAAUCAACAGCAGAAAAAACAGUCACAAAAAUCUUCAAAUAUACAACAACAAACAACGACUAAUACACAAAGUCGACGACAAUCAAAAAAACAAGAACAAGUUCAUACAGUAUCACGUGAUUCAUCUGCUUCAUAUGUUAAUGGUUUUGGAGCAACUUCUUCAAUUGAAAAUUCCGACAUUGAAAAAAAUCUUCAAAUUAGUAAAUUAGAAGCUGAUGUACAACGACUAAAUCAAACACUUGAAAAACAUAAAUAUUCAGAAAUACAAUUACGUACACAAGUAACUGAUUUAAAAAAUCUUCGAAAAGAUCUUGAAGAUUUACGUGCAGAAAAUAAUGAUUUAAAAGCAAAAUAUGAUUCUGUUAAUACUCAACGACAACGUGAUAAACAACGUCUAACUGAUUUUGAACGAAAUUUGAAUGAGGAACGACAAAAUAAACAACGUUUAGAAUCACAAAUAAAAACCGAAAAAACUUUAACUAAAAAACUUCAAGAUGAUCUAACAAAAUUAAGUUUAACACCAGCAAAAAGUGAAUGUACAGAACAAUGUAUUAAGCGAAAACGUGAUUUCGAGAAUGAAACACGCGAAAUACGUAAAUUAAUUAAUGACAAAGACGAACGAAUUAAAAUACUUGACAAUGAAAUAAAAGCACUUAAAUAUCGUGAAUCUCAAGCGGAUACUGAAGUGCUUUAUCAACAUUUAACACAAUUAAGAGAACGAAAUGCUCAAUUACAAGAUAGUCUUAGUGCUGAAACUCGAAUUAAACUUGAUCUUUUUUCUGCACUUGGUGAAGUUAAACGACAACUUGAAAUAGCCAACGGUGCCAUUCGAGAAAAAGAACGUGAACUUAUUAUUGCAUUACAAUCUCAACAUCAAGCAAAUAAUUGUAUAUUUAAUGGUCAUCCUCAUUCACAUUGUUCAACAUCAUCUGGACAUUCAUCACCAACACAUCAAUUAAUUGAUACAAAUAAUAAUCCAACAACAACAAUGACUCCAUCAUGUUCAACAACUAUGUUUUAUCCGCCAACUGCUGUUACACCACCGCCAUUACAAAAUGCUACAUCUAACCUCGAUCCUAAUGCUCAAGAUUUUUGUUUACCAACACAUUCGACAAAUAACAAUUAG